CUUUGACCAUUUCCUAAAUUACGCUGCUUACAUAUUUCUCUUCCCUUUCUAUGAUUGAGAGAAGGAAAAAGGGUAGACUGUUUGUUUGGCGUUAGAAGCAACUUCAGAAGGAAGGCAGCUGCUCCUGGCUCCAACUCUGACAGCCUCCGUAUGGAACUCAAGUUUUUUUCCUUCUCUCUCUUUUGGUGCGUCUUGGUGUUAACGGACUGGUGCUUCAGUUUGAAUAAAAAUUGGUACUCUGAAUGCAUUGCUCGGACAUGGAUUUAUAUCUUUAGGUUUAGACUGCUUUGAUUCAAUAAGUAGCUAGAGGCCCUAUUGGUUUUGUGAGAAGUAGCAAUUUUCUAUUUAAAUUUUAUGACUGUUUUGUUAAAAUAAGGGAACAGUCUUUCAUCUUGUACAUCCUCGAGCUUCUUGGUCUUUCAUGGCAAAUUUCGUUAUACACUGAAGUAUAAAAUUUGCGGUAAUAAGCACAAAUGGGUGGGCUUUGCUCGAGGAGAUCCACUGUAGAUGAUGUCCCCAGUGGAGGCUUCCCACAUGUUAAUGGCCAUUUUGGUCGUGGGUCUGGAUUAGAUUUUCAGACCCGUGAACUGCCUGCUAAGAUUAAUGUCAAAUCAACUCCCCCUGCCAUUGAAGAUAGUGUAGACAAGGAGUCAGGAGAACCAUUUUCCUUUCCAGAGGUCAAUGCAGCUCCAUAUGGUACAAGUGCAGAUGAUAUCAAUGAUGGAACUCCUCGUUUGUCAGGGGCACUAUCAGAUAAAUCUAGAUCAACAAAAUCUAAGCAGGCUACUGUUGCAAAGGUUUCUGAGGUAAGCUCUCUUUUAGGUAGAGCUGGUACUGUUGGGCUUGGAAAGGCAGUGGAAGUUUUGGACACCCUUGGUAGUAGCAUGACGAAUUUGAACCUCAGUAGUGGCUUUACCUUUGGGGUAACAACAAAAGGGACUAAAAUAUCAAUUCUAGCUUUUGAAGUGGCAAAUACAAUUGUUAAAGGUGGCAAUCUGGUGCAAUCACUUUCUGAGGAGAACAUCAGACAUUUAAAAGAGGUGGUCCUUCCAUCAGAAGGUGUGCAAAAUUUGAUAUUAAGAGAUAUGGAUGAACUCCUGAGAAUUGCAGCUGCUGAUAAGAGGGAAGAGUUAAAAGUUUUUUCUGGAGAGGUGGUACGUUUUGGCAAUCGUUGUAAAGAUCCUCAGUGGCACAAUUUAGAUCGUUAUUUUGAAAAGUUGGGUUUUGAGCUUACACUCGAAAAGCAAUUGAAGGAUGAAGCAGAGACAAUAAUGAAACAAUUGAUGUCUUUGGUUCAGUACACAGCUGAAUUAUAUCAUGAGUUGCAUGCCUUGGACAGAUUUGAGCAAGAUUAUCGACGGAAGCUGCAGGAAGAGGAUAAUUCAACUGCUGCUCAAAGAGGAGACAACCUGUCAAUAUUGAGAGCAGAACUAAAGAGUCAAAAGAAGCAUGUAAGAAGUUUGAAGAAAAAAUCCCUUUGGUCAAAGAUUUUGGAAGAGGUGCAAGUCAUGGAGAAGCUCGUUGAUGUUGUUCAUUUCUUGCACUUGGAGAUUCAUGAGGCCUUUGUCAGUACUGGUGGUGAGAAACCUGUUAAAGGUUCUGUUAACAGUCAUAAAAAGUUGGGAUCUGUUGGUCUUGCUUUGCACUAUGCAAAUAUCAUUACUCAAAUUGAUACUCUUGUUUCUCGAUCAAGUUCGGUGCCCCCUAAUACAAGGGAUUCAUUAUACCAAGGACUACCGCCUACUGUAAAGUCUGCUUUGCGGUUUAGACUGCAGACAUUUCAGAUAAAAGAAGAGCUAACUGUCCCACAAAUCAAAGCGGAAAUGGAAAAAACAUUGCAGUGGCUAGUUCCCGUUGCCACUAACACAACCAAAGCUCAUCAUGGGUUUGGCUGGGUUGGAGAAUGGGCAAAUACUGGGUCUGAAGUGAAUCAUAAACCUGCUGGCCAAAAGGGCUUGCUCAGGAUUGAAACACUGCACCAUGCAGACAAGGAGAAAACCGAAGUUUAUAUUCUUGAUCUGGUAGUGUGGCUUCAUCAUCUUGUUAUCCAAGUGAGGGCUUGCAAUGGUGGAAUCAGGUCACCCGUCAAGUCUCCAAUUCGGUCCCCUAAUCAGAAGAUGGUUCAACUAUCUACGCAGAAGCCUGCAUCGCCAAUGUUGACUGUAGAAGAUCAAGAGAUGCUUCGAGAUGUCAGUAAGAGAAAAAAUACACCUGGAAUAAGUAAGAGCCAGGAAUUCGACACUGCAAAAACUAGGUUAAGCAAGAACCAUAGGUUAAGUAAAAGCAGUAGCCAUACUCCAACAAUUGAAACUAAGAAAGAUUCCUUCCCUAUUCGGAGGCUAUCUUCAGUUCCUUUUAUUAACUUCGAUAUUGACUGGAUGAAGGCAUUGGAUGUCAUCGAUCGAGUUGACACGCUCUGAAGUUCGUAAUUACAUGUUGAAUUGAGAUUCCUUGGCAAAUUAAGAGGUCUUUUUGCUUGUGCAGUGAGUCAAUCUGCUGCUGCAAUUUUUUUUUUUCGUUUUAGGGUGCUAAACGCUAAAAUGGUCUGAUGCAGAUGCCGAGUGACACAAGCUGUUAACUUCUUUUUUGGUACGUGAAAAGCUAAAGAAUGAUAGCUGCAUUACUUGUUCAAGCCUCGAGAUCAAGGGGGAAUUAAACUGAAUCCAGUUUUCUCCUUUGUUCUGUGUACAGAACGUUAUAUCAUGACAAUUAACAAUUUC